GAGAUUCGAUUGCUGGCGUUUAGAGAGCGGCUGUCUGAGCGAUCGGUGUCCCGUCUCGGUUGCCCGGGUUUGUCUGGGUCCUUUGCCUCAGAUAAAUUUUUAAGUGCCUUCAUUAUGCCAAGAAGGACCAGGUUUUUGGAUGACUUCAAUUAACAAUAGAGACUGCUGUCCUAGGGACAAAGUAUAGACACAUGAAUAGAAGACGAAAAUUUUUUUUUGCCUCAGUACUUGCCCUCCAGAAUUCAAGUUUUAUAUAUCCAUCAUGUCAAAGGUGCUUCUCUAGGAUAAUUCUGGACUCCAAAAGGUUUAUUUGUCCCAAAUGUGGCUCUACUGGUGACGCUGAAAGUACCAAUUACAGAUACAAACUGUCCUUGAAAGUGGCCAAAUCCAACAAAAUAUUUGCCAUUACUGUAUUUGGGAGCUGCUUAGAUACAUUUUUUGGACUUACUGCCACUGGUUUACACAGGUACCUUGAGGAUUCUAGUAAAAGCCCAGAAACCCUGGACAGUGGUAGAACUGAGAGCCUAUUGACCACAGCAGUAGAAAAGUGUUUUGUUGGACAAAGCUUUGUGUUUGGAGUAACGAAUUUUGGAGAUAUAUGUGGACACAAUUCAGAUUCCAGUAACUUUCAGCAGCCUUGCUGUAAGCACAGAGGAGAAGUCAGGACACUCGUAGCUUCCCAGAUUGUUCUGCCUGACCCACAUGUUACAGGCUUUACGGUCAUUGACUAUUUACAUCCGCUUUUACACAAGAAACAUCACUGUGGCUCUCAGGAACAUAGCAACCAGUCACUCACUUCAGAUCACUCAGACAGUGGUCUUAACAGCAUACAGGGCUCUGGGAAUACAUCCUGGUUUUCAGAGUCUAGUAGCAGAGAGGAUUUUUUCAGAUUCUGGGAGCCAUCUCUUGAACUGACUUUUACUGAUUCACAAGUAACAUCUAAUGAUGACUUUCCAGCUUCAGAACAAAUCAUGGCCAGUGGUACUCCUAACCAAACCAGACACUGCAUUUCCUGUUCUGAAGUCACUAGUACUAAGAAAUGCCAUGAUUCCCUUCAGAGUUUAUGGAGCUUUGUUUCUUGUAUGGACAAGAAUAAUACAACAAGAAAGUUGGGUGAAGAAUUAGGUUUACCAAGUCCAAUUUGCAACAGUUGUCAUGAAAGUAGACUGUCUGACUCUAAUUUUUCCCCUUCACAAAUGCAAGAACCGUUCGAGGAACAUAAUUUAGAAAGCUAUAGUAAAGCAGAAAAAAAUGAUUAUUCCCAGUAUGAUAUCCCAUGUUACCAGCAUCAUCAAGUAAAUACUACCCCCUCCCUUCAGCAGAGGUCUUCUGCAUUUUCAUUGUCAUCACAGAAACCUGAAGAAACAGCAAGUGCUUCCCAGAACUCUGACUCCUUGAUUUGGGAUGAUCUACCAUUUUCUGAAAGCCUGAACAAGUUUCUAGCAGUUGUUGAGAGUGAGAUUGCUGUAACUGAGAUAGAUGCUAAGAAUAGAAAACAGGGUAUGGAUAAUAGCAUUGAUAAAUGCCACAAAAACUACAGCAGAUUAUCAUUGACUCCGUGGAGAAAUACUAGAGCCUUGAAUACACCACCUUUUGGCUUAAAAUCAUCACAAGCAAUGGUGAAAGAAGACUGUAGGAAAGAGGCCUUCUUUUCCAACUGCAAGUCUAAUUCAAGUCCUCAAAUUCAAAAUGAAUCAAAAUCAGACAAGACAGAAGAGGGUAUCUCUAUAGGCAGUAAUAGAAGUGAUAUCUCCAAGUAUUUUCUACCAGAUACUUGCUCAUCAGCUCUGUUUACAUCUUCAAAAGAUAUGGAAGCCUCUGUUACCCAAAAGAGGACUAGUGGGAUCUUGCAACAAAGGAAUGAAAUUUCAUGCAGGCCCAGUACCUCAAUAAGUGACUGUUCUGAUCUCAGUAACAGCUAUUUUACUGGAUGUGGAGAAAAAUCACUUUCAGGAACAAAAGGAAAAUUGGCAAUUCAAAACUGUUCUAAAAAACACAGUGAUGUUUCUGAUCUUCACAAAUUAGAAAAUAAGCAGAAUUAUAGCUGGCCAAAAAAGCAAGAUGACAAUUUCACAAUAUGCCGGAAACUCACGUAUCCUUUAGAGACUCUAUGUGGUAGCCCAAAAAGUGUAAAUACAUCAAAAGAAAUGCCUUACAGGCCUAGCAAUAACUUGACACCAAGUUUUUCUGCUGAUCAUGAAGAUAGUUACAAUGCUUCUGCUGAUCUUUUUGAUUAUAUUGGUAAAGAUAAGGACAUUGAAACAGAAAUUACCAAAAUACCACAGGAUAUUUUGUUACCACUGGAAGCACCUUGCACAGAAAAGUAUCCUAUAAAUGAGAACUGCAGCCAACCUUCACAAAAACAGUCCUUGCAAAGCAUAUCACCCUCAAGGUAUCCAAGACCAAGGUCUCAGUCAGACUCAGAAUGUGAUUUUGAAGAAAGCCAAGACUUUGUUCCAUGUUCACAGUCAACUCCAGUUGCAGGCUUCUUCCAAAGAAUUCAUGGCUUAAAUUGUGCUUCCAAAAUACUACCUUCCUUAUAUUCAAAUCUUAAUACUAAUUAUAAAAGCACAAAAAUGUCUCCUCUAACUGGCAAAUAUCAAGCCACCCCAACCUGCCCAAAGAAUGUAAAAACAUCUAGCCAGAAAUCCAAAAGUCCUGUUAUAUCUAGUUUGACACAACCAAAGAUUUUCAACCACUGCCUUGCUGCUGAGAACCUUGAAAAUGAUGUGGAUGAAUGGGUGCCCCCUACCACUAAAAAAGUAUUUAUUUCAGAUAGUCUUGGAUUCAGGGACAGGUGUUUAAGAGAAUGCCUUGCUGUCCAUUAUUCCCCUGACCAAAAAGAGUUACCAAGGAAGAAACUGAUAAAAGUCACACAUAAAACCAGCAUUUAA